CUCUUAGAUGUAGAUUUUGUCCCCCACCGAAUCUUUCUAUUCAAAUGCAAUAAAUCUCACGUUUGGAUUACACGUCUCUUGUUUAUAGAGUCAUCUUUGAAGCCUAACUCUAUAGGAGAAGCAUAAUUCGUGUGCUAUGAGAUAUGAAUAUGAUGCGCAAUAAGUUGGCACGAAAGAAUAUGAGUGGGGAGAUAAUAAGAUGAUGCUGAUGAUGAUUGCAGAAUGCGAACGGAAUUUGCGGAGAACAAGCUGGUGCUAUGGAAGGCAAAUGCAAAGUGACAGACCAAAAAAGCCCGAAACUUUCUCAUACCCUUCUGUUCCUCCCCUGUGCUCCCACAAGCCAUGUCCUUCUCUUCCUCUCCUCCUAACCCUUCUUCUUCUUCUUCUUCUUCUUUCUGCAUUGGCCCCACCAUUUCCUUCUCGUCAUGUCCUCUCACACGCCAUAGCAGGUUGAUGAGGAUGAAGUUUACUGGAGACAGAAAAGGGACAAUGAAGAGUUGGAAUGGUCGCAUGACACAAUAUCACAAUUAGCUCAAUGUUUUACUAAUGCUAUGGUUGGACCACGAUCAUGGAUUGGAGGACUUUUCAACCGCUCCACCAACAGACGUAAUGACAAAUAUGUUGACUACCCUUUCAAUCCUCUUCAGGUGCAAAGGCUUCAAAGACUUCAAGAACGUUUACAAGUACCAUUCGAUGAGACGCGCCCGGAUCAUCAGGAAUCUCUUAGAUCAUUGUGGUAUGCUGCCUUUCCAAAUGUCAUUUUGACGGCCUUAAUAUCGGAGCAAUGGAAAGACAUGGGCUGGCAAGGUCAUAAUCCAUCAACUGACUUCAGGGGCUGCGGUUUUGUUUCCCUGGAGAAUUUGCUGUUUUUUGCCAGAACUUACCCAAAAUCUUUUCAUAGGUUGUUGUUCAAGGAAGGUGGGAAACGAGCAACCUGGGAGUAUCCAUUCGCGGUUGCUGGCAUAAAUGUUACUUUUAUGUUAAUUCAGAUGCUAGAUUUAUACUCAGUCAAACCAAGAUGUCUUCCAGGAGUCAAUUUUGUCAAAUUGUUAGGAGAAGAUGAAGAAGCCUUUGAUGUACUAUACUGUAUAGCUUUCGAAAUGAUGGAUGCGCAGUGGCUUGCCAUGCAUGCUUCUUACAUGGAGUUCAAUGAGGUUCUUCGGGUGACGAGGACGCAGUUGGAGAGAGAACUGUCGCUGGAAGACGUCCACCGAAUCCGGGAUCUACCAGCCUACAAUCUGCUGUACCAAUAGAGAAAUUAACUGCUUCAGUUCAGAUAUAGAGCGUCCAAGACUUUGUAUUCACACGGUGAAAAGUUAAGGAAAACGUCCGGGCUCAGGUUUCGCGCUGGCCGACCGCAUGCUGUGCCCUUCUUCUUGAGGAUUUGCAGCUACAUGUAGCUGAAAUGUGUAAACUUUUGGUGGACUCAAUGAGAAAAACUUUGGGAAAUUGAAUCGGAAUCUCUUGACUCCUGUGAAGUCAUGACUAACAAUUUCCAGACAUUGACGUUUUCCAGUGA